CCUCAAACUUACAACAAACCAAAUUAAAGCAGCUUGGUUUUGAUUAGAAGAUAAAUUGUUUAGCUAAUUAUGGCUUUGUCCCUGAAGUUUCUUGUUGUAACCAUUGCCAUAUUGGCUUUGGCAUCUUCACCUAGCACUGCCUCUGACCCUAGUCCGUUGCAGGAUUUUUGUGUUGCUGUUAAUGAUUCUAAAGCAACUGUUUUCGUCAAUGGAAAAGUUUGCAAGGAUCCAAAACUUGUCACUGCUGAUGACUUCUUCAGAUCAGGCCUAAAUAAGUCAGGAAAUACGUCAAAUCAACUUGGAUCAGUUGUAACUGCUGUGAAUGUCAACAAUUUACCUGGACUUAAUACUCUUGGCAUUUCUGUAGCUCGUAUUGAUUUUGCACGACGUGGUCUCAAUCCGCCUCAUACACAUCCUAGAGGAACCGAGGUUCUUGUUGUUCUUAAGGGAAGACUCUAUGUUGGUUUCGUCCUUUCUAACCCUGGCCCAAAUAUGAAGAACAAGCUACUCACCAAGAUUUUGAACCCUGGCGAUGUCUUCGUUUUUCCUCAGGGACUAGUUCAUUUUCAACUCAAUGUGGGGAAGACUAAUGCCAUUGCAUUCGCUGGUCUGAGCAGCCAAAAUCCAGGAGUUAUCACUAUUGCAAAUGCAGUAUUUGGCUCAGAUCCACCAAUUAAUGACAACUUCCUCGCUAAAGCAUUCCAAGUUGACAAGAAAGUGAUUGAUCAUCUUCAAGAACAGUUUUGGUGGGAUAAUAACUAAAAGUAAUUAAAAACCAGUUAACACUCAUGCUUGUUUGUUGAAACGUACCAUAUGAUGAUGUUCUUAUUACAUGUUAUAAAGAUAUAGUAUUUUUUACGAAUAAGAUUGAAUAUCUGGUCUGUUGGACUGAUUUUCAUUCACGCAUUAGGGUUGAUUGAUGUAUUGAAUAAAGAUUGAUUAAUGAAAUCAAAUAUAGUGUACUUCUUUGAAGUAAAUAUGAUGUUUCU